AUGGGGCCAGACCAGUCGUUUGCUGUCUGUGAUAGUCAAAAAGGUUUUAUCCGAUGUACCAAAGGAACCCAGAUUCAGAUUUUAUCUGCAAACUACGGACGAACGGACGAACAGGUAUGUCCUACUGGUAAAACCAAAACACGUACCUGUCGUUCGGAGGCGUCUGAAAUCAAGACGAAAUGGAAUUGCAAUGGGUACAGGACAUGCCACCUUCACGCCGAUGUUCAACACUUCAGAGACCCGUGCCCUAAUUACUCUAAAUAUCUGGAGGUCAAAUAUCGAUGUGUAAAGGAUCCAAGCACUAUUUCAAAUGGUACAUUUACUGCAUUCAAUGCAUACACAACAAAAACACUACACCUCCAAAGAGGAACACCCGUUAACGUUGUGUACGAUGGUGUAUAUUUUAACUAUGGAAACGCAUACAAUCAACAUACUGGUGUGUUCACAGCGCCGUCUGUUGGUCUUUACGUUUUUACGUGGUCAAGUUGUGUAACAUCAAAAAAGUUGUUUGACGUGGAGAUCCUUCUCAAUGGAAAAAGAAAAGGACUCGGAAAUUGUAACAAUUAG